GGAGGCGCCUGAUCGCCGCCGGGGCUCUGGGGGUGGUGAUGGUGCUUCUGCUGGUCAUCCUCAUCCCGGUGCUGGUGAGCUCGGCCGGCACGUCGGCGCACUACGAGAUGCUGGGCACCUGCCGCAUGGUCUGCGACCCCUACGGGGGCACCAAGGCUCCCAGCACCGCCGCCACUCCGGACCGGGGCCUUAUGCAGUCCCUGCCCACUUUCAUCCAGGGUCCCAAAGGCGAGGCCGGCAGGCCGGGGAAGGCAGGCCCGCGUGGGCCCCCGGGAGAGCCCGGACCACCGGGCCCCGUGGGGCCCCCGGGAGAGAAGGGAGAGCCCGGCCGCCAAGGCUUGCCUGGCCCGCCUGGGGCGCCCGGCCUGAAUGCAGCCGGGGCUAUCAGCGCGGCCACCUAUAGCACGGUGCCCAAGAUCGCCUUCUAUGCUGGCCUCAAACGGCAGCACGAAGGCUACGAGGUGCUCAAGUUCGACGACGUGGUAACCAAUCUCGGAAAUCACUACGAUCCCACUACGGGCAAGUUCACCUGCUCCAUCCCGGGUAUCUACUUCUUCACCUACCACGUCCUGAUGCGCGGAGGAGACGGCACCAGCAUGUGGGCUGAUCUCUGCAAAAACAACCAGGUGCGUGCUAGUGCAAUUGCCCAAGACGCUGAUCAGAAUUACGACUAUGCCAGUAACAGUGUGGUCCUUCACCUGGAACCAGGAGAUGAAGUCUAUAUCAAAUUAGAUGGUGGGAAGGCCCACGGAGGAAACAACAACAAAUACAGCACAUUCUCUGGAUUUAUUAUUUAUGCUGACUGAUAAUGCAGAGAUUG